CAAAUUGCUGAGAUUACAGGCAUGAGCCAUCCCACCCAACCCAUUCCUUCUUUUAUGGAGAAGGUUUCUUUUAUCAACUAUAUGGUUAACCUUGCAUAUAAUUUGUAAAGGAAAGAUAGUUUUUUUGUUUGCAUAUCAUUAGGCAAUCACUGAUUUUAAAUUAUCGAAUGCAUUUCAGUCGAUUGCAGUUCCUCCUCUUACUGAUGCUCACAUUGUUUCGUCUUUGGCCAGAGGGAAUUUCUUUAGUUGGCUCCUGUGGCCUUUUGAUGUGACCCUAAUAAUAGUCUUUUAUAGUUUCCUUGCUGUCCAAUCUCUUGUAUAUUCUGGGAGAUAGAAUGAACCAUUUCUGCAGAGUUUGGGUUUCUUUUCUUGAGAAAUGGAAUUUCCAGGCUAUGAUGUGUGUGCUAGGUUCUCUGCUUUUUUCUCCUCCCACUCCUUCAGUUGAAUAAUCUGCUCACCUUUGGAAAUGGAUCCUGCUUGUCCUGUCAACUCUAAUCGUGGUAAAAGCUUUCCUUGCACACUUACUCAUGCCUGGCCUCUUUGGCUCUCGUUUACCACUUUCAUGCUUGUGCUUGUCAUCUUGUCCUUUCCUCCCUUAAGAAAAAGACCAAGCUGAAGAAUUACCAUGGAUGGUUUGUGGUUUGACUUGCCUCCUGAAGGCCAAAACUCAUGUUAAUGUAGGCUUCACAGAAGUCUUUAGUCAUUGCCUUCAUCAUGUCUACCUGAUAGUUUGUUGUAUCCUUGUGUACAUAACCAGGACGUGAGAGAUUCCUUAUCUUAUUACCUUUGUGAGCCAUUCAGGCUGCAAGCUGUAUUUCAGUGAUAUUGUUGGGUGCAUUUGUACUCAUUUGUUUCAAUAAAUUUUGGUUGAAUUAAACUUUGUACUUCUUCUCCAAAGUGUUUAAAAUAGAAUGUAUUUAAUGUCCUAGUCAUUUGAAGAAUUUGUCACUAGUCUAUUAUUUUCAUAAGUUUAAAUAAGUUGAAGAUUUGUAGUUUUACAUAUAUUUAUGCCUUGGACCCCUAGUUGUAACAUAGCUAUUGUUUUACUGCUGCGGGCAUACAGUAGUAGGCCUGUAAGUCUAAGAUGAGUGUUUUUUAUUUAACAAGUCUGCUAUUAAACUUAUCUUUAGUAUUGUAAUUUCUGUCUUUGCUUCUUGGAAAUUGUUUUAUACCUGUGUUGGUGCAUCAUAGACUAUGCACUUAGGCCAGCCCCCCGAGUCGCCCCAGCGAAGCAGGGCUCAUUUUAAAGACAAGCUCUAAUGCUUUCUUCAGAGGUUCCAUUCAGACCUACAGUUUUAGCUUCGGUAAUACUUUUUUGUUUUGUUGGUGAAACAAAGCCGUAUGCGUUCACAGUGCAGCCAAUACAGUCUCACAACAGCACAAGUGAAUAGUCCUGAAAUUAUCAUCAUUCUCCACACCACUGAGAAAUUAACCAGCAUCCCGGCCUGGGGAAUUUUGGAUACACAUUUAAUGCCCCUCACCCACCACCCUGGCUUUUUUUUCUCUUUAAAGCCGCAAGCUUAAUUUAAUGGUUCCUCUGUAUUAAAGGAAAGUACAGUAUUGUAGGGGUUUAUUCCCCCCCCUUCCUCCGUGGGCACUGAGAGUAGGGGGAAGAGCCCCGUAAUUCACAAGGCAGGCCUCUGCCCCGCGGUAAACUCAGUUUCACAAAGGGAAUUUUCAUUAUGGUCCUGUGGCUCCCUAACAUAGUGGAGGCUUCAGGAGGCAAGUGGUAAAAGCUACCAAAGAAAAAGCUGGACUGGAGCCACUGACGUCAUGUCAGUAAAUCUGCUGGAGGAGCCCAGCCAUGCAGCGCCUGCCAGCCGGCCCCUGCACUUUGGCCUUGCCUGGUCAACUGUUCUUACUGCUUCCUCCACCCCCACCCUACAGAACAGCCUGUGUUUUUUGUGUUCUUUUUCCCCUUUUCCUUCUGUGCAACUGGGCUGUGUCGAAACCCAUAAAGGCUUUUGAAAACCACCCCUACUGGUCCUGUGCUUAAUGUCUUGUGUGGGGAGAGUGGGGAGAAUCCAACGAUUCAUGAAUGAGGGAGGCUUUAAAACUUUUUUCUAGUGGGGACCUCUUUGUGAUGAAUAAAUCCACGGGGAACAUCAUGGAAAGCAGCCAGAGGUGCGACCCCUGGUGCUUAGUACUUUCAAAGAGCUUUGCUUUUAAGUCCUGGGCUGUGUGCAUGUGUGUCCAUGCGUGUGUGCACGCGCACAGUAAAGGAGAGAGAAGCCCAGUCAGCACAUGGGUGGAAAUACAGAAUAUCAGCCUUCCAGCAGAGGAUGAUUUAAGAGAAUGAGUUCCAGUGCGAGUCCUUUAUUACCCAUUACUCAUUGGUCAGCUCACUCUGAACUCUGGUUUGCAACUGGAACAGUUAAGUCUUAAGCUGCAUGCUUCUGUACAUGCUGGAUAUUUAGAGUCACAACCCCAGAUGGGCCUGAAUUAAAAUAUUGCUGUGCUAAAUCUAUUUUUACAUCUAGGAGAAUGACAUCUAAAAAUAAACCUUAUCCCACCUGUUAUCCACUUUUGGGAAGUUGAAACGCUGUUAAGUCGCAGCCCAUGGAUUAAGCUUUGAUGACGGCUUCCCAUGUGAUGCCUGCAUUCCACUUUUCCUGCCAUUGGCGUGAUGUUUUCAUUGUUUCAGUGACCGUUGUCCUCCUGUUUAUUUUGCUGUGAAUAUUCAUUUGCAAAUAAGAGUGAAGCAUAGGUUCAGAUUGGUUUUGAUGUUCCUGAAUCUUAGGGUCAGAAACAUAUUAAAAGCAGUAUCUUAUCCAUGAAUCAUGAGAUGAGUCAGUUCCUGAAACCACUACAAGCCUCAUAGUUCUUGGCUACAAGCAAAGGCAGGAAAUCCAGGCUUCAAUAACUUCCUUUCCCAGUCCUGGCUAUAGCCGCGUUGGUGGUUAGGUUCUGCUGCCUGCCUUUGUAAGCGGUAGGAAGAUGUAUGUCUGAGGAACAAAGGCACUUGAGUCAAUUUACUGAAACUGUUUAUAAUUUGUGGUCUUGAUCUGAAUGUCAGGCUGCAUUGGCACACCCGGCUCUGCUGUGCGGCCCGGCACAACUCAGCCAGGAAAAGCGGCAGGCUGAGUCCGGGGAAGUGCCCCAGCAAACACAUGGUUUAUUUUCUUGAAAAGGCUCCAGGCUUCGGCUUGGAAAAUCCCACCGCCAAAAUUGAGCCCAGCAGCUGGAGCGGCAGCGAGAGCCCUGCCGAAAACAUGGAAAGGAUGAGUGACUCUGCAGAUAAGCCAAUUGACAAUGAUGCAGAAGGGGUCUGGAGCCCUGACAUUGAGCAAAGCUUUCAGGAGGCCCUGGCUAUCUAUCCGCCAUGUGGGAGGAGAAAAAUCAUCUUAUCAGACGAAGGCAAAAUGUAUGGUAGGAAUGAAUUGAUAGCCAGAUACAUCAAACUCAGGACAGGCAAGACGAGGACCAGAAAACAGGUGUCUAGUCAUAUACAGGUCUUAGCAAGAAAGAAAGUUCGAGAAAUUCAAGCCGCCAUUAAGGUGUCUAGUCACAUUCAGGUUCUUGCCAGAAGGAAAUCUCGUGAUUUUCAUUCCAAGCUAAAGGUAACAAGCAUGGAUCAGACUGCAAAGGAUAAGGCCCUUCAGCACAUGGCAGCCAUGUCCUCAGCCCAGAUCGUCUCGGCCACUGCCAUUCACAACAAGCUGGGGCUGCCUGGGAUUCCACGCCCGACCUUCCCAGGGGCGCCAGGGUUCUGGCCGGGAAUGAUUCAAACAGGGCAGCCAGGAUCCUCACAAGACGUCAAGCCUUUUGUGCAGCAGGCCUACCCCAUCCAGCCAGCAGUCACAGCCCCCAUUCCAGGGUUUGAGCCUGCAUCAGCCCCAGCUCCCUCGGUCCCUGCCUGGCAAGGUCGCUCCAUUGGCACAACCAAGCUUCGCCUGGUGGAAUUUUCAGCUUUUCUCGAGCAGCAGCGAGACCCAGACUCGUACAACAAACACCUCUUCGUGCACAUUGGGCAUGCCAACCAUUCUUACAGUGACCCGUUGCUUGAAUCAGUGGACAUUCGUCAGAUUUAUGACAAAUUUCCUGAAAAGAAAGGUGGCUUAAAGGAACUGUUUGGAAAGGGCCCUCAAAAUGCCUUCUUCCUCGUAAAAUUCUGGGCUGAUUUAAACUGCAAUAUUCAAGAUGAUGCUGGGGCUUUUUAUGGUGUAACCAGUCAGUACGAGAGUUCUGAAAAUAUGACAGUCACCUGUUCCACCAAAGUUUGCUCCUUUGGGAAGCAAGUAGUAGAAAAAGUAGAGACGGAGUAUGCAAGGUUUGAGAAUGGCCGAUUUGUAUACCGAAUAAACCGCUCCCCAAUGUGUGAAUAUAUGAUCAACUUCAUUCACAAGCUCAAACACUUACCAGAGAAAUAUAUGAUGAACAGUGUUUUGGAAAACUUCACAAUUUUAUUGGUGGUAACAAACAGGGAUACACAAGAAACUCUCCUCUGCAUGGCCUGUGUGUUUGAAGUUUCAAAUAGUGAACACGGAGCACAACAUCAUAUUUACAGGCUUGUAAAGGACUGAACAUGGUUAUUUAUAUAUAUAGAUAUCUGUAUAUACACACACACAUAUGUACACACACACACUCUCUCUCCAUUAUCGAACGACUGACUGUAAACCUCACCACACAGGGUGGUGCCCUGGCCCCGAGGUCACCCCAACUUUUCUAAAUCUUGUUUGAGUGAAGUCAUUUUUUCAUGUGUUCAUACUAUCAUUGUAGCUGUGAAGUUCUGGUACAGUUGUAAAAAGAGAAAUUGAGUUGUUUCUAUAUGUUCUUCAGAUGUGCAGCCCACAAUUCCUCGGGAAAGGUGAACCUGAACAACCCAAGUCUCUCUCUGCAGAGCCCUGUUUCUAAUUGUGGUAGAAAAUAUUGAGACAGAGCAUUUGCCAUGGGACAUUUACAGCCUUUAUACAAAUGUAUUUAGUUCUCUUUUUUCCAACAUAAAAUUCUUGUUUUAAGAUACAAGUAAAAUUAAUCUUUAAAUAUAAAUGUAAAUUAGUACACAAAACUAAGAAUCUUUAGACUUAUCUUUGUAACUAAUUAGGGUGGAAGUUAUGAAAGAAUGUAAUUCACUAAAUUAUUUUUUAAAUGAAACCUUUUUUUUCUUUUUGAAACCAAAUGUUAAACUAUAGCCUUAAGAAAUGCUUGGUAGAAGUGUCCUAAUGAGACAAAUUUGUACUUUUUUCCUCAAGGUUAACACUAAUCUCCUAAUCCAUUAAACUCUUGAACAGGUAUUACAAAGGAAGAAAACUUCACCCCUUAUCCUUAACAUAUAUAGUAUAUUUAAAAAAUAUAAAAUUGUAUUGUACUAAUGUGAUGAUUGAUUAUUUAAUGAAAAAGAAAAGAUGGCUCUUUUUGCAAUAAGUAGAUACUGAAAAAUCUAAACUUACAAUGUUUAUAGUCUUGUUUGUGCAGUUAUAUUUUAUAUGGACAACCAAAUUUUUUAUUAAGAUGAGUAAAUAUUUGAACCACUGAAUUUUAAUAACAAAAUUUUUAAAUUGGCAUCAAUACUGAAUACUGCACUGUGCGAGGCAAAGUAUACAGAAUCCUGUGGCUGGGAGAAAAUUUCUUCAAACAGACAAGUAAAAGGCUCAUCAGUUUUAGCAUCUCUGCUCCCCAGAAAAUUGUAAGCAUCCUCACCAGCCUGUGGACACAUUAUUUCUAAUGACCCAAUAUGCAUAUUAACCUAUAACUAGAGCUAUAUGUGUAUGUAUGUGUAUACAUAAACACAAAUGCACAUAUAGAAUUACUCAACACAUUUAGUGAACACUUGUUUAGUGUCACUCAGUUUGCUAGGUGCUGAUACGUAUGUAUAUCUUAAUGUGUCUGUAGACUUAGAUACAUCCUCUCGAAGCACAUCCAUUUCCUUAGCCUCUCUCAGUAAGUUACAGUUCUUGUUUGGCCUAGGUUUAAGAGGCCCAGCUACCUAUCUCUGACCUUUUCAAAUAGGCUCAUUUGGGAGAUUCUCUUGCCAGGAGAAAUUCAACUUUCCGAUCUAAGAAUUCCAGAGCAUUGCCCAGGCAGAGUUGGUUUGAUGUGGCCAGAUGUUUUGAGUUAUUUCCCAUAAGUGUUUCACUGGGAGAGAACAAGGAGUACUCCUCCAACUUCCCAAAGAAAUAUGUUUUUAUAAGUGGUAGGAACAUGUGCACACAAUAGAACAUGAAACAAGUUUUUUAACUUGUAAAACUUGUCAAGAUUUUUUCACCAAGCUAGAAAAUAAACUUAGUUCUACCACAUCCAGUUAACUUACACGCCCCCUUCCCUGUCUCAACACCUGCUUUGACCCUGCUUGUAUUAAUACAUCGGUCAGCAUCUCGUGGUUCCAAACAUGAGGGUGUGGCUGGCUUGUGGGAAACAGCAAAACACUGACCUCUCCCAAAUGCAUCCCUGGUCACUGGGAAGACAAGAGGAGAAAGUGCAAAACUGUCCCCAUUUGGAAUGCCCAUUCCUUCUAGAAACCAGUUGGACAGUGCUACUCUGCCCUUCAUAAAGAGACUACUGUUGGUUCCCUGAUUCCAGGCUGGCCUGUGAAGGAUUGUGCCAAGUGUCCCCUUUCACGGUCGCCACAUUUACAAUGACUUCUGUUGAACACUCCUCUUAGGGAUGUUUCUUUUGCUCUUAUUUCCUGCAUCUUUCCUUAAGGGAAGCCCCAUCCUCUCCCAGGACCAGGAGUAUAUGACCAGGCGAGCACAAAUGGCUAAAAGCCAAGCUAUCCUAGAACCUCAGUGGGAGAGAUAUCUGUUUCAUAUUCUACCCAGGAAUGGGACUUUUCAUUGCAGCCAGGAGGGCUCUUGGGAUUUACUUUCCAAAGCACAAAAAUACUGGGACCCAGGAAGACCAGCUAGAGGAAAACUCUGUUGGCGCAGAGACGGACACAGCCCAGUCUGCUGACCUAACAGGGUCAGCGGGGCCCCUGGUGCUUCACCACCUGCAUCCUCUUGCUCAGAAUGCCUUUGCAUUUGAGUUUUCUGGGUUUCUGUGGUUGACCUUGAGGUUUACUCCUUGCUCUUACAACAUUUCUAAAGAUUUUUAAAAGUUUACUUCUUGUCGUCUUCUUCUAAAGCCUUCUUCAGGACAGAUAUUUUCCCUAUCUUAACCACUGGUCCAGUCACCCCAGUGGGCUUCUCUUUGACUCUGUCAGAUUAGACCUUUGGGUGAGAUUGGCAUCACAACAUCUAAUCUGAGGCUGUCUUUUGUCCUUCAUUCUGUAUGGCAGUCUCCCUUUGUUUAUAAAAGCUUUCUAAAGCAUACUAAAGAAGCCUUCGCAGAGCCUUGUCUCACUUCUCUUCCAGAUGCUCUAUCCCCUCAAGACCCUCUGGUGCCAGGCUUGCUUCACGGCCAUCUUGUGCUUUCUUUCACUGCAGAGUUUGGAGGCCAGUUUUCCACAGCCUAAACAGGGAGGAGCUGCAGAAUGGGGCUCUGGUCUGUGGGCGUUCAUUUCCAUCAUAGAGAGAGGCUGAGAAUAAAACCAGGACUUCUUUACACAUGUCCUAGAACCUCAGAAUGUCCAAGCUACCUGAGACCAGGGUUUCUCAACCUUGACACCAUUGACAUUUUGGACUGGGUAAUUCUUUGUUCUGCAGAGCUGUCCUUUCCACUGUAGGAGAUUUACUAAUAUCCCUGGCCUCUACCCAGUAGUACCGUUAACACCUCUUCCCCACCCAGCGUGUCUUCAGACAUUGCCAAAUAUCCCAUCAGGUACAAAAUGAUCUCCAGUCAAGACCUGUUGUCUAAGAUGUUACAGGUCACAAUGACCACAUUUGAAAUUGUUUUCCCUUCCAUUUUACCCCGUGAAAGCAUCUCUCCCAGAGCCUUGCAAGAGGCAGGUAGGACUAUUAAGUGACAUUGUGUCCAUAUUUCUUCCUGUUUCAAAACUUUUGUUUCCCAACAAUUUCUCUCGCUACAAGUAUUCUUUCACUCAGCAGUGGGGAAGUUGGUGACAGCUGGUCACCAUCAUCCCUUUAAUCACCUCACACCUGUUUAAAGAGUGUUUCUGAUUUGACCUUUAUCCUUAGUUUACUGGGGUUAAAAAAAAAAAAAAGGUCUCAGCAAUUUUCAUUAUUUCUCAUGGAUCUCAUUAUCAAACCUUUACUUACUUCAGCAUAUUUCCUCUGGGCUUCUUCCAGUUUCUGCCUUACAAUCAAUACUGUUUUGUAAAUAUAUUGAAACCCCUGGAACAUUUCACCUUUAGAGAUGGAGGAAGAGGACUUAGAGAAAUUUUCUCUCUCGAGCUGAAAGCACAGUCUACUCUCCUUCAUUUUGUCAAUGAGAAAGUUGAGGCCCAGAGGGGAGGUGACAUGUUUAGAGUCACCCAGCUGGUUAGUGACAGAAAAAGGGUGAGACUUGUCUAGGGUUCCUGCCAGUUUGAUCCUUGGCCUCUCCUGGGAGAGGCUGCUUUUCUUCGCUGCUCUAAGCUUCAACAACCCCUCAGAGUGUGUGGACAGGUCAGCUUAGAAGAGACUGGGAGAUUGAGGAUCUCCCUGUGCUGGAGCACAGCCUCACAGGAUGCUGCUUCCCACACUGAAGUGUCCUGUCUGACUGUUGCUGUCUGAGGCAUCCACAAGCAGGUAGGAGAGCUGGUGAGCCAUUUUACUUCCUGAGAACAAUUCCCCAGCCUCAGGCUCUGAGUCAAAUUUCUAUUUGGUAAGCAUCCUAGCAGCAAAGUCCUGCACUCAGACCAGCCAAAAAACAGCCCCCGUUCCAAGUACUUGGUGUCAAAAGUCCCCGAAUGACUUUUAAACCCAAGUCUUCUUAAGGUUUCAGUACUGUGGUGGCUUUAGCAGUUGUUUUUGUGCAACUAUAAAUUAUUUAAAUCAUAUGAGAUGACAGUCAAUUUUACAAACCAGGUACAUAUUAAUUUGUAUAAUUUUGUAUAUGCUCUGGUACACUAUACCUGAACUAACGAAGGGUAGAACUAAUUCUGUUUGUCGGUGUUCACACCUGUGACAUUAGGAGGAUAUGUCUGCAUUGCUUAUUUCUUUAUGUUGGUGUUUCUGUGGCAAAGCCCUGCACAUGGCAUUUCUGAAAAGCCUUAAAUCUUUAAGAUGUUGCAUGUAGGGUAUGCAGUGCAAAAGGCUGCCUCGGAACUGUGAGCCCUUUUGUAAGCUGGAAGCAUUUCUCUUACUACUGUUACUUUUGUAGGAAGUUUUCAAUUCAGAGCUGCCAAAGCGUUCCCGUAAGCAGUGCCUUAGUAAUACCUUAGUCAUGCCGCCAGCCUUUUCUUACACCGAUUCCUAAUGUUCAUUUACUAAUUGGCCCAAUAUUGGAAACAAAACAAGCAAAAAUUGUCUUCAUUUUUGUUUGUAAGCCCAUUUAUUCUCCAGUUCUAUAGGAAACUGACUAGUUGGUCUAAAAUCUGAAACUGGACACAAGUCAGUUCUUUCACCACACUCUCAAAUGUAUAUACCAAAACAAAAGGUUGCAACUUCAUAGUUUACUAUGAAAAGCAAAUUGUACUUUUUAAUGUUGCCUUUUAAAUUUAUGACCAAAUACUUAGCUAUUUGUGAAUCUUCUGCACUCUAGCAUGAAAGUGCCUUUGGUUUGAGAUUCCAGCUUAGAAAAGUGCUGCCAUAAUAACGAUAAUUUGUAGAGAGACCAAAAAUAUUUUGAGAUCACCAUAAUGCCUUUGGUUUACCGGGAUGAGUAACCAACCACAGGCCUCUGUUCACAAGAGCACGACGUGGUCCCCGCCUGCUGCUAGUCUGUCUGCCAGUGGGGGCCUUCCAACAUCCAUAGCACACUGCAGCGGAAGGACCCCAGAAACUGUUGUGUUUGUGUGUGCUGAUGACCCAGUGUGUCAUUUCACCUCGUCACCCAGCCCUGCGUCCGGAUGAGGGGACUUCCGCACAAACGACAGAAUCUUGGCCGGUGGACAGAUAUUACAGCUUUCUCCUCCUCCUCGUGUUCGUGUUCAGUCUCUGUGGAGACUUUCUUUUCCAUUCAAAUGACAGUGCGCACUUAUCUGGUUUACACAAUGAUACCAUUUUGAAAGUUGGAAGCCUCAAACUGAGACGACAGUGCAGAACAAAACAAAAGUGAGUUAGGGUCGAUACAAUUGAAGUGUUCUUCUUAGGGCAAACAUGUUGACUCCGAGUAGUGUGUAUGAAUGUGCUACAAGGAACUUCCAAAGAGCACCAUUCACAAUUUGGCAUUUUCAAAGCAUGUUCCAGCCCUCAAAGGGGCAACUCUUUAAAGUCCUUGUUGGCUUUUAUCAAACCUUGUAGAAAUUGGGAAAGCUGAUAGAGGUAAGAAAGAUGAGUGAAAAGGACAAGAAGGCCAAACACCAGCCAAAAAGAAGCCAGGAAAAAAAGAUUUUUCUUUGCUAAUAUAGAUGUAAAAAUAACAUCAGACAUCUUUGAAAGUUAGCCUCGAAACUCUUCAUACAUACGUUCUGUGUGUCUCUACCUGGUGUCUUUAAGAAUGUCCUCUCUGGGCUCUGAAAUUUUAGGAGUGAUUCUUAUCCACUCCAAGUUGUGAGUAUUUAUAGAAAUUUGUGCAAACAAACAAAAACUAUCAAACGAACAGAAAAUGUACUCAACCUAAGUUAUAGUUAGCUGCUGGAAUUCUCAACUCCUCCCUGCCAGCACUAUACCACAGUGUGGAAGAAAUUAGUCAAAUGCUUGUUUUCCUGCUUCUCUUUUCAACUGUUACUGUGCUUUGUUUGACAGUAGUUUUCUCUCUUAAAGUCAUUGCUUAUAUUGUUAAGAAUGAAGGUUUGUGUUUAAAAUUUAUUGCAUUGCAAAGGGUAGUUUCACUGAAGUCAUGCACCGUUAAAUAAGAUGAAAUAUUUGUAUUUAUUGUCCUACUUCCUAAGCCGUAACUUCUUUUACUCUGUGAAUUUGCAUUGAGUCACUCAUGCUACACUACGUCGCUUUAGUAUUUGAGAUGGCAUUUAUGUUUCCUCUCGUUUAUCAUGAAAUGGGGUCAGAUUCCAUCAGAUUCCACCUCUGUCAGGUGGACUCUUUUGUCUGCCUUCCAUGAUGAGAUUUUUUCUCCUUCCCCUUUCUCUAAGAGAGGCUGACAGAUCUAGGUGUCAAUCAGUUGGAAACCAGUCUCUGAUUUUUUUUUCAUUAGUCAUUUUUUGUCAUUAGUUUCACUGUGUAAAUUAGAUAUCAACUGCACUUCUUAAAAAAAAAUACAUCUCCCUAUUACCUCCUUGAAAGAUUUACUUCUGUAGGCCUUUUUCAAUAGGCUCAUGACUGCAGACAAGAAAAAAAAAAAAGUAAAAAACAGUACGUGCCUGAAAAUGACAAAAAAAAAAUUUGUAACAUUUAAAAAAGAAACCUGAAUAGCCUUUAAUUCUUUAAUAAUACACUUAAAUUUUAUGUAAAUCGGUUUUUGCCACGUGUGUUUGUUCACAUUCUAAGUGACUUAAUGGGAUUCUCACGGUCUGUGUCUUCGUGUCACGUGUAUAAAAUGGGCUUGUGACGUAAGCGUUUCAUCUGGUCAGUGGUUCCUUUGAUAUUGUACUGCUGCUGGGAGUGGGCUGUGGAACCUGCCUUCGGGUAACCGGGUUCCUCAUGGGUAGAUUGGAGAGAUGGGGGUGGGCGUGGGCAAAUUCUCACACAUGUUUUCUUAACCUAUUUGCAGAAACUUUCAAAAGGCAUUUGAUUAAACCUCUUGGCAGUACAGUAUUCUCGUAUUUGUUAACGUCUGUGUUUAGGUACUGGUACCUUUUUGUUUUAAAAUGUUCUAAGUGUUGGCUUUAAAGUGAAUUUAUCUUUAGUAUGAUAGUUAUAUGAAAAUUAUAGGAUUUGUGUGCAGAGAAUUUUUUUAUAAAGUGCUUUGUAAAAAAAAAAAAUGUAUUCUAGCUUUUGCGGUACAUAUGUGUGAUAACUUUAAUACCCAUGACAGUUAAGUGCAAUUAUUUCAUCACUCUAAAAAUGCUAUUUUUGUGUCAGUUCCUGCAGGUGUUUUCAUGUCUUUGCAAAGUGACACAUUUUGAUGCCUUCUUGAUAAAGUGGUAGACAUUUUGUAGCUUUCUAGAAACUUUGUAUUCAUACGGUAUCAAUGAAAAAUAAAGAAAAUGAAAGUGUGGGUCA